CGUCUCAACCAAUGAACGUGGGUACAUUGGGAGAGGCUGGUUUGUUGACAGGAUGUGGUGUUGAGAAAACUACAAUCUGCGAGCUUGUAGCUAGGUACAGUGUUACUCGAAGUAAAUUAUGAGUUUUAAUGUGGACUUCAGGCAAAGAUGCAAUGGAGGUCAAUAGUGCUGGGUUUGCUUUUCUUAAGACUGGCUCUCAGUUGUGUUUUAUGGCUCGCGUUUGGGUUGGGACCUAGCUGGGGGUUUAACUUCCCCAUCAAAUUCAAUUUUAAUUUGCACAAAAUCGAACUUCUGAGGGAUGGCGACAGAACAUCCUCAAUGACCAAUACAUGGUCACAGAAGACGUAUGACACUCUGGAUAAUCUAGGGAAGACCUGCUCGAAGGUUGGAGAAAAUUCUCCCAAAAAAUCUUAUCUUAGUUUCUUUGAAGAUGGCAGAGACGAAUAUGAUAGGAAGUAUAGCUCCUUCCCGGACACUCUCAAGGCCGAAAUGAAAGGUUUAGCAAAAGACAUGUUCUACUAUGGAUAUGACAAUUACAUGAAAUAUGCAUUUCCAGCAGAUGAACUUAAUCCGAUUGACUGUCAAGGAAGGGGACCUGAUGUUUUCAACCCGUCCAACAUCAACAUCAACGAUGUUCUGGGAAACUACUCUUUGACCCUUAUUGAUACAUUGGAUACGUUGCUGAUUCUUGGAAAUGUGUCCGAGUUCCACAAAGCUGUCAAACUGGUGAUUGACACUGUGUCCUUCGACAAAGACUCAACUGUGCAAGUGUUUGAGGCCAACAUAAGGAUUCUGGGCAGUCUGAUCUCAGCUCACAUCCUCCUGACAGACCCACACCACCCCUUUGGAGAUGUGAGCCUGGAGGACUACGACAACGAGCUCCUGCAUAUGGCCCAUGAUCUGGCUGUGCGACUGCUUCCAGCCUUUGAGAACACUGGCACAGGCAUCCCCUAUCCCCGGGUGAACCUGAAGAAGGGCGUUCCCCCCGACAGCGUGAACGAGACGUGCACUGCAGGAGCGGGGUCUUUGCUGGUAGAGUUUGGCAUCCUCAGUCGCCUGAUCGGAGACUCCACCUUUGAGUGGGUGGCCAGGCGGGCAGUGCGUGCGCUCUGGAGCCUGAGGAGCAAUGAAACAGGCCUGCUGGGUAAUGUGGUGAAUAUCCAGACAGGCCAGUGGGUCAGCAAGCAGAGUGGCUUGGGGGCCGGGAUGGACUCCUUCUAUGAGUACCUGCUCAAGUCCUACAUCCUGUUUGGGGAGAAGGAGGACUACCGCAUGUUCAGCGCAGCCUACGAGAGUAUUCAGAGCCACCUCAGGAGGGGGAGGGAAGCGUGCAAUGAGGGGGAGGGGGACCCGCCUCUAUACGUCAAUGUGAACAUGUUCAACGGCCAGAUCAUGAACACCUGGAUCGACUCCCUACAGGCCUUCUUCCCAGGCCUUCAGGUGUUGAAUGGUGAUGUGGAAAAUGCCAUCUGCUUGCAUGCCUUCUAUUACGCCAUCUGGAAGCGCUUCGGAGCACUACCAGAACGGUACAACUGGCAGCUGCAAGCCCCCGACGUGCUUUUCUACCCCCUCCGGCCUGAGUUGGUGGAGUCCACCUACCUGCUCUACCAGGCAACAAAGAACCCCUUUUACUUGCAUGUAGGAAUGGAUAUCCUCCAAAGCCUUGAAAAGAAUACCAAAGUCAAGUGUGGCUAUGCUACUCUGCACCACGUGGUGGACAAAUCCAAAGAGGACCGCAUGGAGAGCUUCUUCCUCAGUGAGACCUGCAAAUACCUUUACCUGCUCUUUGAUGAGGACAACCCACUGCACGACUCAGAGAGCCGCUACAUCUUCACCACAGAGGGCCACGUGGUGCCCAUCGAGCCGCGCUUCCGCGAGCGCACCUGGAGCCACCUGCAGUCCUCUGAUGAGCCUUGUGACGAAGAGCCUGACCAUCAUCACCCUGCCAACACCAGCAAUUGCGACCGGAUCCCUGAAGAACGACGCUUCAGCCUGCCUCUCAAAAGCAUCUACAUGAGGCAGAUCGACCACAUGGUUGGCCUGUCCUAAUGCCCCACCGAAGCCCACCUUCAUCUCUGCUGCAGCUGCCUUUUGACUCUUCAGGAGAACUCAUCAUGACCUGAGAAACACUUGUUUUGUUAUACCUCGACUUUUUCCUCACCCCUUUUUUUACGAGAAACUAAUAUAUUUUAUAACAAACUACACAGGACACACAUAUCUGAGAAAAUCAUUUUUGUUUUGUUUUGUUGUGUUUUAGCGAUGUUUUGUUAUUUCAGGGGAGACAUGCACUAAAAAUCAGACCUUUUUCUUUUUUCAUUUUAAACUUCCCUUCUGGAAGAAUUCAGCCUACAACAGGACACACUCAACCUGGGACUCAGCAGGUUGUUUUGCCAAGCCUUCUCUGGAAGGUAUUUGUGCCAGAGGAACUGGUAUGGGAGAUGUGCAGGAGGUAAUGAUGUGCAAUGCAAAGCAAACAUUUUGCACCAAACUACACAGCUACAUGAUGAAACACAGGACUCACUUUGUGCAAGGCUGCAUUUUUUUUUUUUUGUGUUGUAGCCAACAUGGACAACGUGUCUGAACAUGGACAAAACAUGGGGUGUGGUGGGGAGACUCCAUGUAAGGACUUUUCUGUGCCAUUUCUUUGGGGCCUAAUAGUAUUUGGCAUAAGAAUGCCUGACAGUAAUUCCAGCCUUAUUCCAACUGCUUCAGUGUGUUGUUCAGGACUGUCUUCAGUGACAUGCAGUAUAUAGCCAAACCUUUCUUCAUCAUCUUAAUUGUAUAGCCAUUUGAGGACUUGUAGCUACUCGUGUGUUGUCUAUGUUAGGGAUUAACAUUGAUUUGGAAACUUUUGAGGUGUUGACAGUGAUUGUUAGGAAUUCCUUUAUCACUCAGGAAGCACAAGGGAAGUAAGUCAUGAAAACAAAGCAAACAAAACAAAAACACCUGUUUAAAGUCCCACACAGUGAUUGCUGGAUGGGCAUCCACACAGACUGCAGUCAGUGUGUGAAGUCACAGGUACGACACAGAUGCCUGUGCUGCACAACUAUUUAUCCGGGCAGUUAUAGUCUUCCAAUUCUCCAGAGAGAUGGUUGUUAUGAGCGUUAUUCAAACCAUCUUGCUAUAGCAGACCUCAGAUGUCCAUAUUGGUGAAGUGUUCUCUCUUCACAAAUAUUUGUCUCUU